GUGUUUUGUCCCUCUUAUGAAAGAUGAGGAUUGUCAACGGCUAGCCAAUGUGUCCAUACUUGAAUGUAGAUUUAUUUGAUAACCAGUAUGUCUUGGAGAACUGCUCCAAUAUCGUAAUUUUAAGCUCCUAUGCAUGCAUACCCGUGUAAUUCAAUAUUUUUUUAGCUAAGGAGUCUUGUGUACGAUAAAAUUGAAUAAUCUACUUUGGUACAGUACCCAGGAUACAUACUUUCCUAAACCCCUUAAAUAAUUGAUGACUAACAUCGAUGUUUUGGUCUAGUUUGUAAAUGUCAAAGGACAUUUUUGCGCGAUUUUUAAUGUCCUUUAGUUCCCACCCAGACAUGAUGCAACCAGAUCUAACCAUCUACAGCGUAGCAUGAUUUCUUAUUGUUCCUAUUCCGACCAUAACGUCGAGUUUAACGCGUUUUCUACGCCUCUUACCGCCCGCAACAUAGACAACACUUCCGCGCAUGCGUACUUCCUUGAUCCUCGCCAUCUGCAUAUUCCCGCGAGGCAAAUCUCCGGCGAAUCCUCAUCGCACGCUUCUCUCAAAACACCCCGCCGAAAAUGCAGCAAAAGGUUUCCAAAAGACUUCUGUCCUCCUAGACUUGGAGCACGGCUUUCUGAGAACAACUCGCGAUGUUUUUCAAGGAUAAAUCUCUCGGCUGUGGCUAUUUGCCAUUGUUCUGGUGUCUCUUCACCUGUUUUACCUUCGUCUUAUGCUACGCGAUCGCUGUCAACACUGGGCACAUAUACCCGUUCGUGCCCGCUAUAAGCGACACAGGAGCCCAGGUACCUGAAGCCAACGUCUUCUCUCAACUCUUCAACUUCUCAUGCCUUCUUCUCGUUGCCAAUAUGUUCGUGAGGUACCUCCAGUUCGACCUAGUCACCAAAGGCUACGACUCCAUCGAGCUCGGAUUCGCAAGACUCAAUAGGAUCGCAUUUGGUUUUGGAGUCGUUAGCGCGUUCGGUGGAACUAUUAUUGCCAAUUUCCCUUCUCAAGAGGAAAGCAAGAUGGUGUAUUUCCAUGACGCAGGCGCAGUCCUAUUGUUCGGUUUCGGUGCUGUCUACUGCUGGAUUCAAACCCUCCUCACCUACCGCAUGAGCCUUAACAGACUCGCCCCAGUGCCCCUCUUCGCCGUGCGGCUCAUACUAACCGGCAUCCUCUCUGUCUUUGGGUCUAUCUUCUUUAUCGCUGAGAUCUUCGCAUAUGACCAGUUUCGCAUGCAAUCGGGGCACACGGUAGCACAUUGGCAGCCUGACGACCCAGGGUACUCCUUGCACGUGCUUAGCAACAUGGGCGAGUGGCUGGCGGCGCUGUGCUUUGGCCUCUUUAGUAUGACCUUCUUUGACGAGUUUCAGCGUAUCACUCUAAGCGUCAAGUGUAGCGCGAGGAACGGCGCCUCCAGCAGGGAUUACCUUGACCUUGCUGAAGACGAACGGAGGGGACUCACCACUGAGGAGUCUGAUGAGUAGAGCCUUUGGACUUUUUUCCACGUCUUGUAAAGUUUGGGUCGAGUUGUUAUAUUCUUUCACCUCUUAUUGAAAAGAUAUAACAACAAGAGGAAAUAGUUUAAUUCGAGUUUCCCGCGCUUUAUGAGUUUUCAGUAAUGAUCUGAAGAGAGACGUUCUUGAUAAGUGGUUUUUCUUGUUUCGAGAAACGUUGACUUGGUACUUCCAUGUAAGUUUGGAUUUUGUGAUCCGAUGAGACUUUCUUUCACGUCUGGAAAAGUCUCGACCCAGUGACGUGUGAUUGGUACAUUUCACCUCUUUCUUGAUGCAAGUCUGGUUCGACUUCCAUCGCUUUACAUGUUUUAAAUUAUAACCUGAAAAGGCUUUCUUUGCGUCUAAAAUGUUUGGACCAAGGAAACGUUAGAGACGUUUGGGUAGUACUUAUUUCUCCUUCUUUCUUGAAGAGAUUACAAGUUUGAGUUGCGUUAAAUGCCUAAAAUUCAAGUCCGAAAACAUUUUGGUUUUCUCCUCGUCUGUGUAAGACAUUUGAAUCGUUUUUAUUUUUUAUUUAUUUAUUUAUUUAUUAUUUUUUGUAUGUAUGUGUGAAUGUGAACUGGAGAGGCUUGGUCUUCAGUUUUUUCAAACUUCUGGUUGUCAUUUACUUAUCGAGGCCCAAAAAUCGAUCCCAAUAGUGUUUGUUUGACAAAAACAUUUCCCACCCCCCCGCAGGAAUUGAAAAAAGAAUCUCCCCGUGAUUCUUUUUUUUUUUUACAAACUAAAUGGUUUACCAUUACAAUAACAAGGCAAUUGAUAGUAAAAAAAUAACUUUAUGCUAUAACUUAGGUGUACAGGGGUAUUUAAUUGGGAUUUUGUUACAAACAAUGUAUAGAAUCCAUUGAAAGGAGCCUAAAUAAAUUAAACAAUGGUUUGUAA